CACAAUAGCCAGUCUUACACGACAAACGAGGAAUAUGUUUCCUUACAUUAUGAUGUUUGUUGGCCACUUCAUUUUGCAUUGUCUACUAAUUACUCAGAAAUUAUCACAAGCUUCAAUUUCAGACAUUAGAAAAAUCACUUUGGACCGAAGGCCCAUCGUGCAUACUCCCGUCGGCAGCUUCCGAGGUAUUCAGGCUCAAGAUGGGAACUACUCUAUGUUCCUGGGUAUCCCGUAUGCAAAAGUUGACCCGGAAAACGUUUUUGGUCCUUCAAUUCCACAAAAAUUUCAAGACAUUUUUGAAGCCGUCGACGACACGUCAAGGUGUCCGCAAAUUGAAGAAUUUAUCGAAAAGUUUGCUGGGAACUUGGAGUGUCUUCACGUAAACAUUCAUGUGCCGAACAGCGCUAGUACACACAAUCACUUGCCUGUUAUGAUCUACAUACACGGUGGCCGACUCUUAUUUGGAUUGGGAGGCAGAGACCUCUACGGACCAAGGUUUUUGGUCAGAUAUGACAUCAUUUUCGUUUCAUUAAACUAUCGACUUGGUCCAUACGGUUUUAUGUGUCUAAAUAAUUCUGAAGUACCAGGGAAUCAGGGAUUGAAAGAUCAAGUACAAGCAUUACGUUGGAUAAAAAAUAUACGAUAUUUUGGCGGAGAUGACUCUAAAAUCACUCUAUUCGGAAAUAGUGCAGGUGGCGAGUCUGUGGGUUGGCAUCAGUAUUUUCUACAAGAACCAUUUUACAAUAGAGUGAUUAUGCAAAGUGGUGCUGCGUUAACUCCUGUGUUUAAAGAAGAUGCUGAUACGAUAGCUCCUUUAAAAUUAGCAAAACAAUUGAAUUAUACAACUAAUGAUAUACACAAAGCUUUAUCAUUUUUAAAUACACAGGAGCCACGCGACGUUAUUGCAGCAACACGUGAUUCUGGUGUACAUUUUGGACCGUGCGUCGAAAAGAAAUUCGAGAAAACUGAUAACUAUAUAACGAAUUAUCCAGACGUUAUGAAGACAGUUACUCGUAGAGAUGUAGAUGUAUUAUUGGGUGUUAACAGCGAUGAAGCCCUUGUUACGAUAAUCAGUGUUAAAACAGAAAUAUUUGAACGUAUAGAUUACGUAUCAUGGCUUCUUAAUUAUGAAUUCGAUUUGAAAAACCAAGUCAAGCUUUCAGACGAUAUAACCAAUAUUGUACGAUUGUUUUAUUAUGGUGAUGAUGUUUCACUUGCAAAUAAUAGGAGACCAGAAAUAAAUAUAUAUAGUGAUUUUAUGUUUUACAGACCGAUGUUUAGAACUGUAAGAAAAUAUUUGAAAAACGGCAUGAAUAAUACGUACUUCUACAUGUUUUCAUAUGUCGGUGAAAGAAAUGUUUUUAAAUAUCUGAACAAAAUACCAUUUGAAAAAGGUGGUGCUGCCCACGCUGACGAGCUGGGAUAUUUGUUCGACAUUCCUUCUAUCAAAGAAAGAAAGCGUGAUGAAGAGAUGCUUAUUGUAGAUAUAAUGACCGAACUUUGGACCAAUUUUGCGAAAUAUGGAAAUCCAACCCCGAAACCAUCCAAGUUGGUCCCUCUGCAAUGGCCGCGCGUGUCGCAUGACAAGCUGCCAUAUUUGGAGAUCGACACUGAACUACGUCUAGGGUCCAGGCCGUUUCACGAGCGGAUGAGCUUUCUAGACCUUCUAUACAAACAUAUAGGACGGUAUCAUAGAUUAAUAAGCAAAUUAAGACUGAACAAUGAAACAAAGAGUUGACAAUAAUGGUA